UGUCUGUCUCUCUCGAUGUAGCUUUUAAAAGCUUGUAAAUAAAAGGCUUUUGGAAUUCAGAUUCUCAAUCUGUGUGUGUGUGUGUCUUUCUCUGUCUGUCUCUCUCUCUCUGUCUCUCUCUCUCUCUCUGUCUGUCUGUCUGUCUCUCUCGAUGUAGUUUUGAAAAGCUUGUAAAUAAAAGGCUUUUGGAAUUCAGAUUCUCUCUCUCUGUGUAUGUCUUUCUCUCUCUCUCUCUCUCUUUCUCUGGCUGUCUGUGUCUCUCUCUCUCUCUGUCUGUCUCUCUCUUUCUGUCUCUCUCUCUCUGUCUGUCUCUCUCUCUCUCUGUGUAUGUCUGUCUCUCUCUCUCUCUCUCUCUCUCUGUCUGUCUGUGUGUGUGUGUGUGUGUGUGUGUGUGUGUGUGUGUGUGUGUGUGUCCAGAACUUUUAAAUAUAAUUUAAAUACAAAUAAAACAUUACUUUUCCAGUUCGAAUUCACUGUGGACUUCAAUUUUUCGCGUGUGAUUUCAGUGCCAAAAUAAACGCAAGCAUUUCUUCCUUCGUGGAGAGCAGGUGUGUGUUGCUUGUUGGUGGUCGCGGGUUAGACCACAGACGAAAGCUGUCGAGAUAGCAUUCAAGCUGAACUUCUGGCCAUUUUGGGGAAUGAAGAUCCCAAUGAAUUUACGGUUUUGCCUUCUAUUUAUGGCUUCUCUCUCUCUUGGGGGAUGUUGGGAAGCACCUUGGUUUUGUCAUGGUUAUGAAUGUCCAGUUUACACUGUUGUUGGUACAUAUGAGAGUUUUGAGGAGCGUCUUUACAAUGCUAGUCAGUGGAUUACUACAGAUGUUGCAAGCACCAGAGACACUGACAUCCUAAAUGGCCUUUGGAAACUCUAUAACUUCAUGCAAGAAAAGGAAAUUGCCAUGGCCAGGCCAGCAGUGGUGUCAGUAAGUCAGGCAGUUGAGAAUGGGAGUAGUCAAGUGGUGACGAUCUCAUUCUUCAUCGGCGCAGCAAUUGUCCUCCCUGAACCUCAUGAUCAGACCAUCAAGUAUAAAGUCCUGCCUGCUGCAAAAGUGUUCGUUAGAGUAUUUGACGGAAUUGCGUCUGAGGCUAAUGCCGUUGAGAAUGUGGAGAAGCUGAAGGCGGACCUGCAGGCUGCAGGGAAACCAUUUGAUGGCACAAGGUUUAAGGUGGCUGGAUAUGAAUCUCCAAUGAUCCUAAUCAACAGACACAAUGAAGCAUGGAUCUAUGCUGUCUGAGUACUAGCUACAGAUCAUGAAGUAUGAAUCACAGAUAAUAUAUCACUAUUACAACUAAACAAUCUCUCUCUUACUGAACAUUUAUCAUUUUUUUCCUAUGUGCAAUAGCUUAUACUUGUACAAGUAAAGUUUAAAGAUGAAAUAGUUUUUAAAAAUAUCAAUGCUGCCAAAGUUACAAUUCAAACAAAGGUGUUUGUAAUCUUUUUUUCCCCUUCAAAAUAGCACACAAUAAUGUAUACAAUGAGCAAUAUGUGUUUAUCUAAUGUGCAAAUUGUUGUUUCACUACUAAUUCAUUUAUAUACAUUAUUUAUAUAAAUUAUGUAUAUAUUGAGCGCUAUACACAAUUAGCUAUUUCACUUCAUGUACUUCAGUCAUAAAAAUCGGAAGGUAUUGUUCAAAGCACAUUGCAUCAGAAUUCAGCUCUUUUGUGCUAUAGCCUUUACUGACUACAUCUCAAGAUCUUGUGAAAUACUUAGUUAGGAUUAGUUAGUGCCAAAUGUUUCUGCAUGGGACCUGCAGAUCCUGUAGGGCCUGUUCAUCUCGACAGUCAAAAGUCUGUUCCUACAGUGGACCAGUCAUUAAAGAAUUUAAGCUUGUGGUACAGUAAACCUUCUUAAAAUCGUUUUUAUUAUUAAUUUGGAGGAAGUAUGUUGAUAUGAUGAAGGGGAAAAAAAUAAGCAAUUGAAUUUUCAGUUUUAUUUAAAGCUGUGUGUCAACGUGCUGCUUGAUAUUUUUGAAAUGUGCUGCAUUUAAAUACGAUUUGGACUGUAUCGUGUAUCAAAUAUUUUCUCAGUCCACUUAAGAAUUAUAUAAAUAAAUAUUCUUGCAGUGAAGCCCAAUUUA